GGAGGCUGCAUUCUUUAAAUACUAUGCUAUCCCUUAAUUUCUAGGGAAUUAAUUUCUUCAAUAAAAUCCAUGGCGACCAAUGGAAAUCGAAGCAGUGAAGGUUAUGAAAACGAGCAACCCUUCUCGAUCAUGGAUCUAGAUCUAUAUGAUUUUAGUUCAUCUUAUAGUCCAUUCCCCACAAUUUCCAUGGAUCAAGGCAAUCGGCAAACUCCGCAGCAACAACAGUCAAGUCAACCAGAAGAAACAAAUAGAUGUUUGUCACGUCACUUGUUGGGCAAUCAAGGUAGUCAAGCUGCAUCUAGAACGGAGCUAUUCCUUCAGGAACAAUUACGUUCACCUUCAAAUGAAAAUGCAAUCGAAUUGUUGUUAGAGGAAUUCUGGAUCAGUCAACCGCAAGGCAGUCAACCACAAGGCAGUCAACCGCGAACUGAUCAACGAGUGGGUCAAUCUCAGGCAACAUCUAUCGGGAGUACUCAUUCACAAAGAACUGAAGAAGAAGAAGCUGAGCGGCGUCUGAUGAGAAAAAGAGAGAACGAUAGAGCAUAUAGGCUGAGAGUAAAAAAAAAAAGUGAGGCCCUUGUGGAUGAAAAUGAUCAACUUAAGCAGGCGCUUGGGGCUGCAAAAGGGAGAUUGAAGCAUGAAAUUUCAGAAAAAGAAGAGCUGAAAUCCAAUCUGGAGGCAGUUAAAGCAGAAAUUGUGAGAUUGAAACUUGAAAUUCAGUCUUACGAACAAAUAAGGAUGGAUGAACUUCAGGACGAAGUUAAAAGGUUAAACAUUGAAUUGGAAUCUGAAAAGUCAAAAAAUGACUCAUUGAAUCAAAUGUUGGAAACACUAUCAGUGGAAACGGCUGAGCUUCGAAAUCAGUGUGUUGAGCUGAUGCAACAAAAUGGGCGCAAAACAACCUCAAUCAGUGAAGAUAUGGUUAGCAAGGAGAUCAGCGAAUCUUUGCCAAGAUUCUUAAGUCGCGAAUGGAGGAGGAUCAGAUCCUUAUUAAGAACUAACUUUUUUAAAAAACUUUUUUCAAGGAGAUUGAUAAAAUUCUUACUAGCAAAAAAAAUAAAAAAUAACAAAGAAAAAUAAAUAUUAUUGUAGAAGGUAUGGUGAGUUGCCUGCCAUAUGAGUUGCUGAUGUGAUCACCAAAUGGUAGAGUUCUGGAGGAAGACUUUGCUGUGGCCAUGAUUUGAUUUCUGUUGUUGUUAUUGUAUAUACUAGUUUAGUUUGUAGAAAUGGCAGGGGUAUAUGUAUUUUGAUGUUAAUGCUAAGUUGCCUUUUUGUAACUGAAUUGUACAGUAGUUUCCUGUGGAAUACAACUUGUCGUUCUCC